AUGGGAGAUAGAAAUGGAGAUGUUAGAGUAUAUCUCAUCUAUGCGUUGAUUCUGGCAUGCACUGCUGCAGGAGGUGCUUUUCUUUGUAUGUAUUUAAUAUAUUCAGAUUCAAGAUUGGUUUAUUUAUAUCUGAUUGCUGGCAUGACCUUGGUUACAAUACCAUGGUGUUUUUGGCUUCUCAUUUAUAUGUAUAGAUGUUUUAUUAAACCCAUCCAUGGCCAAUUUGGUAAUGGUAACCAUGGUGAGGUUGCUCCUGCUUCUGAAAAUAUUGCCCUAACAAAUAUUGUGACCAAACCUGGUGCUGAAAGUGCUCCUGAUGAAGAUGGUGGAGAACGCCAUGUUCGUUUUGAAGAAGCGGUUGAGAUUGAGAAAAAAAACUGA